GCCUUGGGUGGAGUCGGAAGAAAUUGACUUCCAUGCUUUGUUGACGCGCUCGGCUCAUAUGAGGCAAGAACGCGCGCAAGGGAGAACGAAGUUGAUCUUCUUCAAACUCUACAUGAAUGGUCGUUACAUCCGCGUGUUGGCUGAUUGUGGUGCAACCGCCAACUACUUCUCACCGCACGACAUUCGUAAGGCGCGCUUGGGAAUGAAGCAAGUGACCUUGCAGAAGCCUUGUCGGACCCAAGUGGGCAACCAAGAGGUUGUCACCUCUACGCAUGCAGUCAAAGGUGUGCGCACUACCUUUGACGCUGACCGCACAAUCACGCAUGAACUGAACUUCUAUGCCCUUGAUCAGUGUCCCUUCGACGCGAUUAUUGGCUUGGGCUGGUUGCAAGCCCAAUGUGAAAGAACCAUGUGGAUCGACUCACAAUUCAUGGUCAAAGAUGCCAUGGGAAUCGAGCGUCCAGUCCUCUUGGACGAGCCGCACGAGUCCCAAUCUGUGAAAACCCGCACCUCUCAAGUACCACAUCAGUUCAGACUGAUGUCGAUGGAACAGGACACCGGGGCACUGCCACGGCGCAGUGCCAGGAUCGCAGUUCAUGCCCGCCCUGCGGUACCUCCAAGACCCAAGAGAUUCAGCAGACGGACGACUCCAGCGGCAUCAAGUACAGCAUUGAUAGUACAAGACACCACCGGAGAUUUUCCCGCAUGCCCGGUCCGAGAGGCCAGCGAGUCUUGGGCUGACUAUCGUGGGCGGCGACAGGCAUUUACAGACGGCGUAGCCGCCGCCGAGGCUCAGCAGACUGCGGCAGAGGCAGAACGUCAGCGGCUGGCCAACAAAGCGACAGCCAAAGCUCAGCGGACAGCUGAGACUGACGAAGUGGCACGAAACAGACGGAAUGCCGCCAGCACGGAGUCCCUGAUUGCUAGUGAGCAUCAGUGGACAACGUUACUCCAAGACAUGAUCUUUGUGCCAACGGAAACGCAGGCGGAACCAACACAGGCGGAGGCAGAGAAAAGUAACCUGGCUACCGUGAUGUUGAACAUAAUGAGGGGAGUAAUAUGGAACAAUAAACUACUGCAGGCACACCUGCACGCGGAUCGUCAGCAAAGACAGCAGUACCAGCAAGACCUGGCCGCUGUAACCGCCGACGUCCGCGACGCAGAAGUGCAGCAGCAGCAACAGCAACAGCUGGUGAACUCUACCAUCGCACGCAUCAACGGCAUUGAGGCCAAGGCCUCAGCAACGCCAGGCUGCACGACGAACGCGACAAAGCAAAUCAAUGAACGCAUCGAUCUUGUCGUCACCAUCAUCGGCGACAUAGGUGUUUUCAACGGACAAGGCACGAUCAGCAGCACGGUGGCCGCCAUCAAGACGGACAUCACCAAGCUACAGACGAGACCGGACGCCGCUGCAAAGACGUUCAAGAUGCCGCACUUCGACAUCUGCAAGUUCGACGACUACAACAAGUCGGACGCUUUGACAUGGUGGCAACGUUUCCUCACGGAAGCGUCAUGCCGCACUAUCCCAGCGAACGACAUGUUGAAGGCACUCUAUUUGCAACAGAUUGGAGGAGCGCAGGCAUGGAUGAACCACCUGGCGGCCACCCACAAGUGCACCAUCGCCGAACUCCACACGCACAUCACGUGGAAGGAGUUCGAGCAGCUAUGGUUCACCCGGUUCAUGGUCCGCAACGUCGUGAAGGCGGCCAUGAAUGAGGUGUACACAUGCUCUCAGGGGAACAUGCCAACUCGAGACUGGACAACGAAGUGGCAAAAGAUAGUGACCACGCCAGGAUUCGAUUUGAGCUUUCCAAAUCAACGAUCCGAGUUCUUCUCGCGAUCGUGCGCGGGAUUGCGGUCGGCAUUCGGUAAUGAGUACGACUAUACCACAUUCCAGGCCAUUCUGGAUUAAGCGAACUUGGUCAUCCAAACGGACGACAAGGCCGCUAACGAGAGACAAUCCCAGCCGCAUUAUGUGGCU